AUGAAUGGGUGGAGGGGGGUAGGGGGGGAAGGCGGGGGGUGUAGGUGUGUGGGGGGGCAUUGUUGUGGGUUUGGGGGGGGGGGGGGGGGGUGUUUAGCGGGGAGGUGGGAGGGGGUGGUUUGGUGGGGGUUUGUGGGGGGGGGGGGGGAGGGUGGGGUGGGGGGGGGCUGUGGGUGGGGGGGAUUUGGAGUGGGUUUGGGGAGGGGGCGGGUGGGGUGUUAUGGGGGGUGGGGGGUAGGGGUGUUGGGGUGUGGUGGGUGGGGGGUGAGGGGGGGGUGGGCAGGGUGGGGGGGGGGGGGGGUGGUGGUGAGGGGUGGGUGUGUGGGGUGUGGGGUAGGGUGUGGGGGGGGUGGGGGAUUUGGGGGUGUUUGGGUGGGGGUGGUGUGUUGUUUGGGGGUGGGGUGGGUGGGGGUGGGGGGGGGUGGGGGGGGGUGUUUGUGGGGGGUGUGGGGGGUGGUGGGUGGUGUGGGGGUGGGGGGGGGGGGUUGGGGGGGGGGGGUUGGGGGGGGGGGGGUGUUAUGUUGGGGGGUUGGGGGGGGUGUGGAUGAGGUGAUGGGUGGUGGGUGGGGGGGGUGGGAGUGGGUUGGGGAUGUGGUGGGGGGGGGGUGUUGGGGUGGGGGCUGGGGGGGGGAUGGGGUGGUUGGGGGGGGUGUUGGAGCGGGGGUGGUGGGUGAGGAUGUGGGGUUAGGGGGGGUUGGAGGUUUGGCGGGGGAGGGGGGGGGUGGUGUGGUGUGGGGGGGGGGUGGUUGGGUUGGGUGGGGUGGGAUUGGUUGGUGUUGUGGGUAG